AUUAAGUUCUACAACUGCAGCCAGCUCUUGCUCGGGUCAGCAGCCUGCCAGGGACUCAGACACACUUGGUAAAGUCAGCCGCACAGGGAUGUUGGAACCAUGAUGAAGUCUCUGCUGAUCCCCUUGACAUACUUCUGUCUUCAGACCUGGCUGGAAAUCCCUCAGGCAAAAUGCCAGGUGGAGCUUAUUAGAAGAACAGGAGGACCCAGAAGCAGAUUGAGUAAACGGGCUUCUUUUUGGAAGAACUUGUUCCCCAGGACCAAGUUGUUGAAACUGAGUAUGAUGCCGGAUGCUUUUGAUGACCAAUAUCUAGGAUGUGCUGAAAAAAUGUAUACAUGUGCACAUGAUCUGCUACAGGAAGAAAUUAAGAUGUCCUCAUCAUUUAGCAGAGUGUGGAAAAAUGCAGCCAAAAAAUGGACAGAUGUGAAAAAGUAUUCUCGCCGCAGUGACUUUAAGGAUGAGUAUGGAAUAGCCAUAGUAGCCUAUACAGAGAAACCCGAAGACAAGAAUGAGGCUUUUUCGUCUACAUUUAAUAAGGCAGUGAGAGAGAAUGGGACAUCUCUACAUGAUUACAUGACCAAUUUCCAGUUCAAAGCCUUUCAUUAUUAUUUGACAAGAGCUUUGCAGGUCUUAAGAAAUGGGUGUAAUGUGACGUAUAGUAUGACGCUGUACCGGGGCACUAAAUCUCGGUACACAGGAUCGGGUUUCAUCAGGUUUGGACACUUUAGCUCUUCAUCUAUUCGGAAAGAUGUGGCUGAAAGUUUUGGCACGAUCACGUUCUUCACCAUCCACUCGUGCUUUGGUGUUGAGAUCAGGAACUUAUCACAGCAACCUUACCAAGAAGAAGUGUUAAUCCCAGUGCAUGAAAUAUUCAAUGUGACCCAAGGACAAGGGAGUAACCACUUUAUCCUCCGGAGCAGAAACCAGACCUGCAGCCAUUUUAACUGCGCGUACCUGGGUGGAGAGAAGAACCAAACAUGUGUUGACAACUCUGCUACCAGAGGCGGCCUGGCCUUCCCCAGUGUUCUGAGCCCUUCACUGUUUGGAGGAUCCGUCAUCCUGAUCCACGUUGCUGCUCUGAAGCUGUUUGCUGGUUUCUAAAUUGUCCUAUUUGUGUUGCUCACUUUUUCUCUCUAACACAAAUCAUGGUGAUGGGACUUUCCAGAUCCAAAGCCGCCCUGCUAUUCUGCCAGCAUUCCAAAGGGAAACCAGGAACAUGGAGGGAGUGUCACUGGUACCUGCUUGGGCAAGCUUUGAUUGUACAUUAUCGAUGAGUAGAUCAAAAUGGAAGCUCAGUUCUAUUCCAGGUGGGAUUUGUUUUACAAUUGUAGCGCUAUAAAGUGGUGCCUGUUAUGUAACUAAUUACUUGUAUUCUUGUCAUGCCAGCACUUUGUACCGACUUUUGAUGACUUCAGUACAAGACUAAGAAAUGAACUAAGCCAAAGUAUUUUCACUAAUACAAUAGAUGGCUUUAAUCUGGGUCUCGGCCAGGUGAAUCUGUAACAGGGCAGUUUGUGGGGUCCCAUGUCUAUAUAUUUGUCUUACAGUGCCAGAGCUAAAAAUUGGUGCCUGGGAUUUGAUAACUGCUUUCAACUACCUGAAAGGGGGUACCAAAGAGGAUGGAUCUAGACUGUUCUCAGCGG